AGAAGAGCAAUCCGAUUCAGUCUCCAUUGUGCCAUCCAACAUGCUGUUGAAGUUCUCGGGUUUUCUCAUUCUCCUAGUGCUGUUCCUGCACCAAACCCAGCCCCAGACGAUUAAGAAGAGAUGCCUGCUGCCGCUGGAACAGGGCACUGGCAAGGCCAUCCUCCGCAAUUGGUACUUCAAUUCGACGACAAGCAAAUGCCAGAAGUUCGUCUUCUUUGGUGGCGAGAAGAAUGGCAACAAUUUCCAGACCAAAGCUCGCUGCAAUAAGAUUUGCCUGGCAAAUCUAUCCAUGACCAUCGGAAAUGAUCCAAUAGAGGUUUAAUUAGGAUAUAAAAUAGAUGAUCUUUGACUGACACAAUUAAAAAUAUCCUGAGUUUGCCCAGU